UCCUCCUGCUGCACCAGGCAGGAAGGGAAAGGCAGGGACAGGCUUGCCCAAGUGCAGCUGUUGCACCCAGGAGAAAGCAGCCAGCAUUCAGAGCGCCUGACAGGAGAGUGGGUGCUGUGCACUGAACAAUGUGCCCAGGGUCUGCCAUUCACACCCUGUUGCUUCCUGGCCUCCCCGCAGAGACCCACCACCACAGCUUCUAGAGACAGGCAGAGCUCUGACUGUCCUGAGGAGGGGAAGAUGGAUGAGGAAACAACAGGCGACUCUGAGACCUUGCUGGAAAGGCCAGGGCCGGCUGAGCUGAGGAAACCGGUGCUCUUCAGAACUUACAGGCGGCGAUGGUUCCUGCUGGUGGUGAUCUGCCUGCUGAACUGCUCCAAUGCCAUGCUAUGGCUGACGUUUGCUCCAGUGGCUGACAAAACAGCAGCCUACUUCCACAUCUCCAUGGAUACGAUUAACUGGCUGUCCCUGGUGUACCUUCUCAUAUCUAUCCCGUUUGGACUGGUGGCCACCUGGAUUCUCGACACCGUGGGACUCAAGUGUGCUGUGAUACUUAGUGCCUGGCUGAACAUGGUUGGGAGCGUCAUCCGGACUUUCAGCGUCAUCAGCUUCCUGAGUUUGGGAUCCCUGACCUACACGUACCUGUUCAUAGGACAGUGCCUCUGUGCUCUGGCUCAGCCACUUGUCAUUUUUUCUCCCACAAAACUAGCAGCCCUGUGGUUCCCAGACCACCAGAGAGCUACAGCAAACAUGAUCUCUUCAAUGUCUAAUCCCUUGGGAAUUCUUAUCGCUAACUUGCUGUCCCCUACACUUGUGUCUGAAGAAAAAGAUAUACCACGGAUGCUUGGACUGUACACCAUCCCUGCAGUUACAGCCUGCAUCCUAGCCACAGUUGGUGUUCACGACAAGGUCCCUCCAACUCCACCAUCAGCAAGCGCCACUCAUUCUACCUCGCAGCCAUUUUUCAAAGGCUUGAAAAUGCUUCUGAGAAAUAAACCAUACGUCAUCCUGAUGGUCUGUUUUGGAGCAGGGAUUGGGAUGUUCACCUGCUUUUCGGCUCUUCUGGAACAGAUCCUGUGUGUAAGGGGAUAUUCAAAUUUCUUUGCAGGCCUGAAUGGUGCGUUGUUCACGGUGUUUGGGUUACUUGGCGCUUUCCUUCUGGGACUGUACGUCGACAAGACCAGAAAAUUUAUAGAAUCCACCAAGGUCUGUUUCUGCCUGACUGCGCUAGCCAGCAUCGCAUUUGCAGUCAUGUCUCGGUUCAGGAACCAGGCCUUUCCACUAGCUCUGAUCAGCUCGCUGUUUGGGUUCUUUGGAUUUUCUAUCUACCCUGUUGCUAUGGAGCUAGCGGUAGAAUGCUCCUACCCGGUGGGAGAGGGAACAUCCACAGGCCUCAUUUUUGUUUCAAGUCAGAUCCAAGGAGUGAUCUUAAUGCUGCUAUUGCAAGCCCUCACGGUGCAGAUUUCCUCAGCUCCAUUCUCCACCUGUGACAUUGAGGAAGGUGGAGCAUUAGACUGGACAGUUCCCACACUGGUGAUGGCUGGAGCAUGCAGUGUUGUAGCCUGCUUCUAUGUCAUCUUCUUCCACACCGACUACAAGAGACUCCGUGCCGAAGCAUCGAAUGCCGCCUCAAUCAACAAAAUUGGAACUGAAGCAACAGCUCCUGAACCCUAAAAUGUCUUAUUUACAACUGUACACUAGCACGCUGGGGAAAACGGACUAAUCUCUGUGGGAAAAGGCCCGUCACACCUGUGCGUUCAGCUCACACGCUGGGGCCCUGAGCCUGGUAUGGAUCUUAUAGGUGCUAGCACAAUACAAGUGCUACUCCAAGUUUGAUGACAGAGGGGCUGGAACGUCGUCUGGUCUUGCGGUUCUCCACCAGAGCCCGAGCUGGACUUUUAGGACAAGAUUCAAGGGAGAGGUAUUUGUGCUAUUUGGAUCUUGCUAAAGUGAUUAAAAGAACCAAAGACAGAUUGGACAUCUACAGAGAUAAGAAUAUUCAGUUGCAACAGUAAUGCUGAAGUAUUGCAAUGGAGAUAAACCUCAUGUUUCAGGA